AUGUCCGGAGAUCUGCCACUUAACAUCAACAUCAAAGAGCCGCGAUGGGACCAGGGAACAUUCAUGGGCCGAGCCAAGCACUUUUUCAUGGUGACGGACCCCAGGAACGUCUUGCUGUCCUCCGCCACGCUGGAGGAGGCCCGGCUCAUCAUAGAGAACUACAGAUCGGGCGUGCUGAUGCCCGGCCUGACGGAGGACCAGCUGUGGCGGGCCAAGUAUGUGUAUGACUCUGCCUUCCACCCCGACACUGGGGAGAAGAUGUUCGUGAUCGGCCGGAUGUCUGCUCAGGUGCCCAUGAACAUGUCCAUCACUGGCUGCAUGCUCACCUUCUACAGGACCACACCGGCAGUGGUGUUUUGGCAGUGGGUUAACCAGUCCUUCAAUGCAGUGGUCAACUACACCAACCGCAGCGGAGAUGCUCCCAUCACCCUCAAUCAGCUCGGCGCAGCGUACGUAAGUGCCACAACUGGUGCCGUGGUCACUGCUCUGGGCCUCAAGUCUCUAGCCACGCGUCUCCCUCCCAUCGCCAGCCGCUUCGUGCCCUUUGCCGCUGUCGCCGCUGCAAACUGUAUCAACAUUCCCUUCAUGAGACAGAGGGAGUUGAAGUAUGGCAUCCCUGUGACAGACGAGAACGGAAACAGGUUAGGAGAGUCUGCCAAUGCGGCCCAGCAGGCUAUCAUGCAAGUGGUCGUGUCCAGGAUUGGCAUGGCAGUACCUGCUAUGGCUAUUCCUCCUGUCAUAAUGAACGCGCUGGAGAAGAGAGCCUUCAUGAAGCGCUUCCCUAUUCUCAACGCCCCGAUCCAGGUGGGGCUCGUGGGCUUGUGCCUGGUGUUUGCCACACCUCUGUGUUGCGCCCUGUUCCCACAGAAAAGCUCAAUGAAAGUAAGCGGGCUGGAGGCGGAGCUUCAGGAGAGGAUACGACAGAGCAACCCAUCCACCACAAUGGUUUACUUCAACAAAGGCCUGUAG